GAUGCAAUCACGUACAAAAACAUAACGAAGAUGCUUGCAGCCUCUGGAUUCCACCGUACCUCCCAGCAGGUAAUCAAUAAACUAAAGGCCCUUAAAAGGAAUUUCCAUAAGGUCCACGACCACAACAGAAACAGAAGUGGUGCUGCCCGUAUGGAGUGGCAAUAUUAUGAGCAGUGUGCCACCAUAUUUGGCCACACAGCACUUGCAACACCGGUUAGCUUAUCCUCCAGCAUAGCAGCAGCAGAAACAAGACAGGCCUGUGCUGCUUCCACCUGCAGCGUACAGGACCCAGACACCCGAUCACAGGACCCAGACACCCGAUCACCACCACCACCAUCUCCACUACUCGUACUGGAUGAUACGCAACCGAUGCCAACCACUAUGCCUGACCCAGUUGUACAGGAGCCCAGCAGGACUGAAACCACUGAUGCGCCAGAAGACACAGAGGCUGGGCCAAGUCAAAUGGCCCCAAUUGCACAAACGCAGCCUUUGCGUGGAAACAUAUAUACUGUUCCGCCAAGGAGGCGCCGCCCAAACAAAACGGAGCAAGCUGCAAGAAUUAUGACCACUGUCCUGGUGGAGAAAUUAGAGCAGAUGGACGCUGCCAUGGCUGAUCGAGAAGAUGCACGUCUCGAGCGAUUUUUGCAGGCAGAGCAAGACAUGAACAACACAUUUAUGACGCAGCUGAUCUCUAUGCAGGAAACCUAUAAUAGGGAUGCAAGAGAACGUCAGAGAGAAAUGCAGGAAUUUCAAAUGUCCAUAUUUGACCGAAUGUUCCAAUGCAUUGAAGGGCUGCACACAGUGCCACCAAACUACCCUCAACCGUAUACCCAAUAUUACCCUGUACCCCCCUACUAUGAUCAUACCCCACCUCAACCAACGCCACACCAUACCCAUCCUCGACAUAACCAACCCCAACAAACCCCACCUCCACUAACUCCAACUCACUAUACCCAUCCUCGACAUACACAACCUCAACAAACCCCACCUCCACUAACUCCAACUCACUAUACCCAUCCUCGACAUACACAACCUCAACACACCCAAUCACCUUCUGAAACGGAGACAACUACAGAGUCUCCUGUUUAUCGUAAUUUAUCUUAA